AUGGCUAGCCAGAAAACAACAUUCGUCCUUGUCCACGGCGCAUGGCAUGAACCCGCCCACUUUGAACCACUCAUUCAAUCACUGAACGAUCACGGUUACAAAGCCGUCGCCCCAGCCUUACCCUCCGUGGCUCGCUCACACAUCGAAGCCGCCAAAGACUACCUUUCGGAUGUCGAAACAGUGCGCUCCGCCGUCCUCGCAGAACUUGACGCCGGCUCCAACGUCGUCGUCGUCCCACACAGCUACGGCGGGAUCCCCACGACCUCGGCCCUCAAGGACCUCGACCCCGAAUCGCGAAGUAAAGCCGGCUGCAAUACCUCCGUUGUCGGUAUUGCGUCAAUCACCUCCUUCGUUUUGCCGGAGGGCAUGAACAUCCGCGACGCCGAGAAUCGGGAGCAGGGAGACAUCUCCAAAUUGCCUAAAGUCCUCGCUCCCAUGUCUACGGAUUACUUCUACAACGACAUGACUCCGGAUCAAGUCGAAAAGUAUGCCGCCUUGCUCAAGCCUAUAGCCGCUAAGGCGUUGCUGGAACGCUCCAAGUAUUCGGCACAUGAAGUGAUCCCGGUGCAUAUUCUUAUGGCGUCUGAAGAUAAGGCAAUGCCGUGGACGACCCAGGAACGCAUCGUGGAGAUGUUGAAGCCGAAGGCCCUGUUGAUGAGGACUGAGGUGAUUCCCGGUGCAAGCCAUAGUCCGUUCAUCAGUAGAGUGAAGGAGACGACGGAUUUCCUUAGGAGGAGCGCCGGCGAGUCGAUUUAG